AUGUCCACGCUCCUCCCGUUUCACGAAACCAUACUCUCUGAAAUCCACGACCCAGCAACCUCAGACUUGCUCAUCAUCGCACGAGGUCUUGGCCUCCGUGGAAUUAUAUGUACGCUUCUCAAGAUUUACGACGGACCAGAGAAUUUGGUGUUACUUGUCAAUACGACGCAAGAAGAGGAAACAGAGAUUGGUGAAGAGCUUGGGCUAAUGGGAUGUAGGAAGCCUGGGUUGAGGAUCGUUGGGUAUGAGACUGGGUCUAGUAGAGAUCGCCAGGAUCUAUACAAGAAGGGUGGUCUAAUUGCGGUCACGUCGAGGAUCCUGGUCGUCGACCUGUUGCAGGGCGAUAUUCCGGUUGACAUGAUUACUGGCAUGAUUUUCCUACACGCUGAAAAGAUAUCCCCUCUCCACAUCGUCUCGUUCAUCACCAGGCUCUAUCGUGAAAAAAGCACCACUGGGUUUUUGAAAGCGUUUACCGACCAACCGGAACAUAUAACGAGCGGACUUUCUCCUCUCAAGAACGUGAUGAAAGAAUUGGGUCUACGAAGGGUGUCUAUAUAUCCAAGGUUUCAUCGAAAUAUCAAAGACUGUUUGGAACGAAAACGAGAGGACGUCGUCGAACUAUCUCAGAACCUUACGGAAUCUAUGGCAGAAAUACACAGAGCCAUCGUUCAUUGUAUGAACAUGAUACUUUCUGACCUUAGGCGGUCCAAAGACCAGCCUAUUUUCCAAGAUCCUAUAUGGCAUAAGGUCGGAUCGACGACGAAAGGUCUGGUUAGGGAUUUGGGUGUAUUGAGGAAGCUUGUUACCUACCUCCUCUCUUACGAUCCACUACAAUUUCACACGUAUUGUCAGUCGCUUCUGGCGUCUAUAAACGAACCCGAGAGUAGGGGAACCAGUACAGGGCGUACAAGUGAGUGGACGAUGACGGAUUCUGCGAGUACGAUUUUUCAGCUUGCGAAGAAUAGAUGUUUCAUCACCGUUCCCGAACCUGAAGAAUCAGAAACCGUUCAGAAAGAUAACCGUCCUCCUACUGUUGUCGAUCUCAUAGACGACGAAGACGUCUGGGAUGCUGUCAAUGAGGCUGAAGGGCUUGUACCUACGACGACGAUGACGACAUCGUCAAAGUCAAAGAAGAAUCACUCUUCCCAACGACCGAAAUGGCUCCCACCAAACCUCCACCCAGUUCUCGAAGAACUCCCCAAAUGGAGCUUGUUGGCCGAAAUCCUCGAAGAGAUCGAAUACGAGAUACUACGCUACGAGAACCACUCCCAGAAUGCAGCGUCAGCGGUGGGGGGAACGAACACGACGCUAGUGAUGUGUUCUGGUACCGCUACGUGUGGAUUGCUUACCGAGUUUCUUCAAAAAAUGGAUACUGGCGGAAAUAGGACAAAGGGGGAGUGGGGGAGGAAGUUGAUGUUGGGGAAGUUGAAGAGUUGGUUGUUUUGGGAGAGGGAGAGGAAGAUGGAGAAGGAGGGUGGUGGUGGUGGUGCGGGGAGUAAGAACCGUGGUGGUGGUGGUGGUGGUGGUACCGCAGCAGCAGCAGAUGCUCGGCCAUUGAAGAAGAAGGAUAGAGAGAAGGCGCAGAAACAGGCUUCUAGGCGGAGAGUCCGAGGUGGCGCGCCGAGCGGUGGUAGUAGAGCAACGACUGUUGCUCCUCCCGGAGGAACUGAUACGGCGGUUGUUGUUCCGCACAAGGAUGACGAUCCCUGGAGCGCAGACAUUGAAAUGCAACUGAUUGCAUUGGAUGAUGAAGAGCUUCAACUCAAUCUCGCAGCAGGCGUCGGCGGCCUCGGUGGCAUUAUCAGUAGUACCUCCGAGUUCAACGAAUAUUACGGGCUGAUACCCCCUGCUGAACAAGUCCUGGUAUGGGCGUACUCUGAUGAUACGGAUGAUCGGAUGCUUGAUGAGAUUAAACCGAGGUUCAUCGUCAUGUACGAGCCUUGUAUGGAGUUUGUUAGGAGAGUGGAGGUCUAUAAAGCCUGUAACCCGCAUAUGGAUGUACGCAUGUAUCAUAUGGUCUACAAUGACUCAUGUGAGGAGCACAAGUACCUUGCUGGUAUACGGAGAGAGAAGGAUAGUUUUGAGCGCGUCAACGCUUUCAACGCGCCGGAAGGUUUGGUCCGGGAGCGCCAACGCACCCCAACACUCGCCCAACGCUCGCCAACGCACCUCAACGCACGCCCAAUGCACCUCAAUGAAGAGGGGAUAGAAAUAAUAGACAUUUAUUGA